CUGACUGAUACAGACAGUCUCUUGUUAUAAGACAUGCAGCUGUUCCUCUAUACACUCUCUCCUUGGGGACUCCCACAUAUCACAGACAGACGGACAGAGGGAUCCUAACGAGAGCACAGACCACCCUAAGCCUUACUUGCUCCUUGUGGGCGGGGUCUGGCUCCUUCUGGGUGUGUAUCUAAGCCAAUCUCAAGUGGAAUUGAGACCUCCCUGUCCAGCUCAUGGAUAACAAAGCAUACAAAGGUGAGGGCACAUGGCCUCCACCACAGUGUAAACACACUCUUGAAAGAGAAAAGAAAAAAAACAAGCCUCCCGCUGGCCCAGUCUCUGUGACUACAGGAAAGAGUGGGCCUCCUGUCACAGUAAUAGAGAUUUCUCCUGAGACGACUGAAGUAAACGAUUAUUACCUUUGGUCCAUCUUUAAUUUUGUCUACCUGAAUUUCUGCUGUCUGGGCUUCAUUGCACUGGCCUACUCACUCAAGGUGCGGGACAAGAAACUGUUAAAUGACCUGGUUGGAGCAGUGGAAGAUGCAAAGACUGCAAGAGCCUUCAACAUAACGAGCUCUGCACUUGCUACUGUCUGUAUUAUCAUAUUGCUUCUCUACCUGCGCUCCCCACCUGCUCACUACUAGCAUUAAACCUUGUUACCAUCUCUUCCCAACAAGUGAUCGGUAACCACAUGUCGUCAACUGAGAGAUAACUGUGCACCGUAUACUGACAGAUAGCUGUGCACCGUAUACUGAGAGACAACUGUGCUUUGUAUACUGAGAGACAACUGUGCAUCGUAUACUGAGAGACAACUGUGCAUCGUAUACUGACAGAUAACUGUGCACCGUAUACUGAGAGAUAACUGUGCAUCAUAUACUGACAGAUAACUGUGCAUCGUAUACUGACAGAUAACUGUGCAUCAUAUACUGACA